UUUACGGCAGGCUGAGGACCCUCAUGGCGGCGCGCGUUCUGUGAGGCCUGCGUCGCAGAUUCCCCGCGCGCGGGACGACGACGACGAGGAGGAGGACGACGAGGACGACGACGACGAGGAGGACGAUUUGGUGGUGGUGGUGAGAAGCCGGAGAGAACGCGAGGUAGACCCGAGGCGGAACAUGGGCUCGAGCGACGAUGUGGACCGCUGCCUCUUUGUGGGCAACCUGGACCCGCGCGCCACUGAAGAGGUCCUCUUCGAGCUCUUCCUGCAGGCGGGUCCCUUGGUCAAGGUGUGGAUUGCUAAGGACAAGGAUGGCAAGCUGAAGCAGUUUGCCUUCGUAACGUUCAAGCACGAGGAGUCGGUGCCAUACGCCAUGAGCCUCAUGAACGGCAUCCGCCUCUUUGGACGCGCGCUCAAGCUGCAGUAUCGCACAGGGAGCACUCAUAUCAGUGAAGAGAAGGCAGAGCUGUGGGGAACCGGUCACAAGCAGGAAAAUACCAACGGAGCAGCCAACCCAUCUCUCAACAGGUACAAUGGGAACCCAGCCAAUGGAAAUGCGCUGCAUCCAUCGUACUUUUAUCAGAUGCCUUUGUCAAACCCUGCACAACACUUGCAGGCUUCGGUGAGCAACUUUAACAUGCCUCAGUCCAACAGGCAGCAACAUGCUAUUAGCUACCCCCUACAACACCUUCAGCAGCAGCAGCAGCUGCCGUCGCAGGCCGUGCUGGCCGAGAAUGAGGCUCGUUUGUCGACCAGCGGUGGUGGCAGGGCCGUGGGAGUCGGUGAGCAACAGAGACGGAAUCCCUCCGACGCUUGGGGAUGGCAGAGAAACCAGUGGGCCCAGCCUGGACCCUUCCACUACCAGCAGCAACAUCAUCAAUCAUACCAGCAACAGCAGCAGCAUCCUUAUCAGCAGAGGCCACCAUUUCAGCAGUGGCGUGGACCUAUGUACUAGGUGGAUGCAUGUGCUUAGGUUGUAGCGAGCGUGUGGAGUUAAUUUGUUAACCUUUGCCGCGUGGCUACUGAGAACUGCUGUUUCCAGGCCUUUCUUCAGCCACAGACAGGCGAAAGACCGCUCUUAAAAAAUGUAAACAACUCAGGUGAGAGCAUCUUAGUUUCACAGUUUUGGGAGCUUUUUCCAUGUCAUAAAUACCGAGCUCUCUGUUAAAUACCUUCGGCAGCUACUUGGAACAUUACAGAUUUUGGGAGGAUUUUUAUUUUAUUUUUACCCAAAAAAAAAAUUUCGUCCAAAAUGUGAUGAAUUUUCAAUAGAAUUUAAGCAUCUAGUAAGGUUUUUUUUGCUGAAUAUUUGGUGUGAUAUCCUCCUCUUAGUCUUUAACCUUUAAUGUUCAGCAGAGUUAAGUGAUGCUAAGCUCGCCGCUCCACAUACAAUACCAAUGCCCUCUGCUCAAGAAUACGACCCAACAGUACAGCAGCAUAACUCUAGAUGGCAGCAUCUCUGGGCAGAGGCUGUGGUUUGAUAAAUCUUGUGUUAUUCAGUGUCAUACAGGAUAUUGUAUUCAGCAGCUGUGUAUGCUGUGCAGUCACCCUCGUUUGGUUGUGUAUGUCUCCUAUGGAGGGGUGGUACACAAGUGAAUUUGAGAAUUGCGGUGAUUGGCUAUCUAAAAUUGGUCUUCCCCUGUUGACCACGGUGCAAUUCCCCCAGUGUGUGCAAGUGCACAUGCAGUUGACGCCGAUAACGUUGGCAGCAUGUGUGACGAGCACACAAAGAGCUGACACCAGCUCUUGGUGCCCAAGCUUCUGGCAACAUUUGUUAUUUUGGGAAAUGAACACCAUUGAGCACCUUAAUCAGGCCACACACAACCCUAAGAUGCGUUUUACUGGAAGGGGCCUGGGACGCUGCAUUUUAUUCACACUCGCUUGACAAAAAACCCAGCCAAGCCUGCCAGUUUAAAAACGUUUUAUGCAGCGGACUUGCUGUUUCACACUUCCAUGCCAGAAUAAGUACGUGGCUGUGAACUGUUGGUAUCUUGUAGAACACAACUUUGUUAAUUUUAUACAGUUUAUGUACAAAAAGUAAAAAAAAAUGUGUACAAAUGUACAAAAAUGUCGGGUUGUUUUUUUAAAAAAUUGAGUUUGAAUACAAACAGCAAUGAGAGGGGAGAACCAACGUUACAUCAAACUCAAAACGACUCAGGAACCUUUUGGGCGGAGGUGUUUUCCAGAGGAUUAUUUUCAAAUACGCCAUUGAUGUUGAGUCAUACUUGGGCAUCUUAAAUUAAAUAAAAGCCAGCAUGGAGAUGCUGUUUUUCAUUUUAUUUGAAGUCAUAGUUGAUUGUGUACAGUGUUUAAAGAUGGUUUAAAUUGAAAAGAGGAACGUGACAGCAGUAUUCUUUAAGUGUUGGUAAUUUGUAGUUUUUAUCAUGCAAGGAACACGUUCGAGUCAAUUUAAGAAGACCAUUUUUUAGUUUGACAGGGGAAUUCCUCAAAUCGUCACAUUCAUUUUAAAAUAUUUACUACCCAUAUUUUACUCUAAACAAGAACAUACAUUGUUUUUUUAAGUCGAUAUUCGAUGUGUUUUACCACAUUUUUUGGAAAACAAUAUGACCAUAAAACGAUAUUUUAGCAAAAAAAAAUGGAGAUUGUGAUUUUAUUUGAUACAUUCGUUUCCAUUUUCUUGAUAAUUAAGCUGGUCUAUUUUGUCUGCCAUAUGUGUACUCUCAUCUUUGCCGCGAGUCAGAAAGAAGAGCGACUGGAGCCCCAUGUAUUCACAAAGAACACGUUGAGGUUUAGCUGCAAUGCAGAGCCUCGGCACGCUUGGGAGUUAAUUUCAAUGACAAUUGUAAAUCACACACGUUGGGAAAUAACGUGAUAGAAUCCUGACUUAAAGCUUUUGUAACUGCAGGAAUUCAUAUUCUUUUGGUAAAGUCACGUAGGUAGUAGUUUCAAAGAAAAUAACAAAUUACUACGUUUCGAUCGCAACACAAGCGGUCGAAAAGUCGUAGUUUUUUGUUAUUUUAUUUGAACCUAUCGAUGACUUUACCGAAAGACCCAAAGAAUAAGUAACGUGAUGUAAGCGUGUUCGGGCGUGUUGUGAGUUAACAAUGCUCCGUGAUUGCUCACUUGCAAGCGAUUGGUCUUAAUUGGCAGUGGUUCAUUAAAUAGUUUUAAUUCGCAGCGGUUCGCUAAACUGUCGGAUUGUGGAAGUGUUCUUUACAGUUUUUUACUUAUUAAUAUCAAUACCAUAGAUGAAAAAGAAAAAUUGUUAGCAGUUUUAAUACAACUAGUUGUUUUUAAGAAGAUAUUUUUUGUGUAUAAACUAGAGAAUUUGGUCAUGGAAAAACAGUUUUGUUAAACUUUACCUUAUAGUAAAUGUAAAUUUUUAGCUUGAGUCUAUCCUGUUAUUUUUGUUACUGUUAUGUGAUUUAAAUACAGAUUUCCAUAUUUUUAUGCAAAUGUAUACAGUUAUGAAUUCAAACUUGGUUGUACUACAAUGGCCAGUGUCAUCUGAGAGCUGUAGCUUGCAUUAAAAUGUAUCCAUAUUCACA